GGUUAUUUUUUAAUCAUGUAUUGGUAGGAAUUUUAAUUGCCUGAGUUUUUAUUUAUUUAGAAUUGAUUAUUGUUAAUUUUACUUGGUUUAGUAACUUCUAUUAAUGAAAAUUUAGAUAUUUUUGUAGUUUUUUAUAAACAUAAUGAAAACAGCAACAUUUUCUAAAGGAGAUGUAGGAACCGAAAAAGGAUCUGAAAAAGGUAUGAGGAAGUUUUUACAAAAUUUGCAACCCUCUAGUGGUGGCAAAGAAAAUUUAGUUGGUGCUGGUAGGAUACCACAAGAAUCAAUGAUUGACUCCAAAUCUGCAGUUAAAUCAGAACACGUUUUUACUGAUGUUGAUGUAAAGGUUAAAGAUAAGAAAGAUAAACAUUCUAUUUCAAAAGUAAAUCCAUCCCUAUAUAAAAAAUUGAUUAUUGAAGAUCUUACUUCAACGGCUGGUCCUAGUGAAAAAUAUUGGGAAGUAAUUGCUGAAAGACGUAGAAAAGCACUAGAAGAAGUUUUAGAAGAAAAUAAAAAACUUCAGGAUUUAGUUGCUGCUCUUGAAGAAGAAAAUACUUCCUGUAAAAAAUUACUUGAAAGUAGUACUGAACUUAUUAAUACAUUAAAGGAAAUGAUUAAUGAAAACUUUUUGGAAAAUAAUGAUGAGUCAAAUAGUUGCCAUGAAGAUAGCAUUUUAAAUUCAUCAGAUGGUUCUUCUACUGAAAUACAUGUUAACAAGAAAAUGAAAACAAUAGAUUCAGAAAGUGAAUCACAAUAAUUUAUUGUAAUUAAUAUUUUAAGAGCUAAGACGUUAUUAUUACUUUAUGCUUUUCCUCGUGUUAUUUUUACUUGUAGUACUAUAAAUUUCUUAUAGUCAGGAUGGGUUUAUUUUGGUUCCUAAACAUUAGCUAAUUGUAUGAUGUGUGUCAAUGUUUUAUUUUAAUUUAAUUAAUGUUUUCUUAUGUACAUAAUGUUUUUGUUUAUGCAGUUUGUGUUUAAAAUAUAAACAGUUAAAUAUUUUUAUAUAAGUGCAUAAAUUAAUAUUGUAAAUUCAAAUAAAAGUAUGAGGGUUAUCAAUUGUUUGUUUUUAAAAAUUAACGUGUACCAUAACUAAAAAUUUAACAUGUGCCAAUUUAAUAGAAAUUUAGUAUUACAAAAACUUAAUAUUAUAUAGAAGUUUUGUUCAGUGCAAUAAGUUAAAUUUUACAUUAUAUAAGAUAAUUUUUCUUUUUUUUUAAAUUAAUAUUCUCUUAGUUUAUUAAGUCAUGGGUAUAAAGUAAAUAAAACAUCACAAAAUAAAUUUGGCUUCAUAAUUUCUACUAUAAUCUUCUUUUUGAUUUUUCAAAGGCUAUUAAGAUCCAUCAUAACACAUACCUACUCCUAUAUAUAUCCUGUGAUACUGUUUCACCAAGUUGAAUUCCAAUUUCCAAUGAAUUAUUUUCGAAUUUGUCUAUCCACCUGUUUUGGUUUACCUAUUGGAAUGUUUCCAUUUUAUUAUUACUUUCAUCAGAUUAUUAGAUCAUCAUACCAGCCUAUGUUCAUCAUUUUUUUCAUAUUUUAUUUUAAUAGGAAUUCACA